CACGCACCCGCCCGUCCUGCCUGCGCGCCACGACCCUCGCACACGUCCGCCUCACGACCCGCUCCGGCGCCCUCGUCGCCGAGCACUUCACGCCUCACGUCCUUCUCGCACGCGCCGCGCGUCACCCACGCGCACACGCCGCUGCCGCGCCUGCCGCGCCUCGAGCACUUGCACCUCUCUCCUCGCUCGCUGCCGCAGCGCAGCCGCUCGCAGCCAUGGGCCAGCAGGGCUCGCAGCUCCUCUCGGAGAUCGAGCAGAACUCCAACUUCUCCGGUCCCGAGAUCAACCGUCUCAAGAAACGCUUCAUGAAGCUGGAUCGCGACGGCAGCGGCAGCAUUGACAAGGACGAGUUCCUGCAGAUCCCCGCCAUCGCAAAUAACCCGCUGGCGCUGCGGAUGAUUGCCAUCUUCGACGAGGACGGAGGCGGCACUGUCGACUUCCAGGAGUUUGUCGCCGGCCUGAGCGCGUUCAGCAACCAAGGGUCACGCGAGGAGAAGCUGCGGUUCGCGUUCAAGGUGUACGACAUGGACCGCGACGGCGCCAUCUCCAACGGCGAGCUCUUCCUCGUGCUCAAGAUGAUGGUCGGCAACAACCUCAAGGACCAGCAGCUGCAGCAGAUCGUCGACAAGACGAUCAUGGAGGCCGACAAGGACGGCGAUGGCAAGCUCGACUUUGCCGAGUUCCAGGAGAUGGUGGCCAACACAGAUAUCGCACGGCAGCUCACGCUCGAGGACUUGUUCUGACGGCCCGCGGUGCCGCCGCCGCCCACAACGGAAGCGGGAAUGAGACGUCUUGCUGCAUGCUGCU